GCCUGAGCCUCAUAAAUGAUCAUGGUGCACCAAAAUGAUGAUGGAAAAAAAGUGAAUGAAUGUCGAUCCGAUGAUCCAUCAUCAUCAACAGCUAUAAUAACAAAAGAUGCAUUGGAAGGUGAAACAAUACGAUUAGAUUGUCGUUAUAAUCCACGUCUUUUAGAUUUAAAUUCAAAUAAAUUAAUAUUCUAUUGGCAUAGAAAAAAUCAUUUAAAAACUGAUCCAGUUGCUAUUAAUGAAAAUCCAUUAGAAAUUGAUUAUCUAAUUGAAUAUAAUACCGAUGAAGGUAUAUAUGAUUUAAUAAUCAAAAAAGCACAAUAUGAUCGUGAUAAUGGACAAUUUGAAUGUAAAAUAAAAGAAGCUGGUAAUGGUGCUGAAGUUAAAAGCCGUAGCUAUAUGGUCACGAUUUUAAUUCCGCCUGGACCACCGAUCAUCACACCAAACAAUCCGAUUGCGCGUGAAGGUGAAAAAUUUCGUUUAAAUUGUUCAAGUGAAGGUGGCUCACCCGAUCCAUUGAUCCAAUGGUUUCGUGAUGGUAAACUACUUGAUGGCCAAAUGUAUUAUGGUGGUACACGUAAUCGUCCAACAAUAAAUACAUUGAUUAUUGAUCCAUCGUUAGAUCAUGAUCGUGCUAUUUAUAAAUGUACCGUCUGGAAUCGUGCUACACCACAGGAACGUAAAUUAGAAUCAUUCGUAUCACUCACUGUUCAUUAUAAACCACGUAUUACUGUUGGUCCAUAUAAUCCGCUAAAUGUACCUAAUGAUGGUAAUGCUGAAAUGAGUUGCCAGGUGGAAGCAAAUCCUCCUGUUCGAUCAAUACGUUGGAUGAAAAAUGGUAUGGUAUUGGCCAAUACAAACAAUCAUACAAUACUUCGUGUUAAACCUGAAGAUUCAGGAAUUUAUGAUUGUAUUGCUGAUAAUGGAAUCGGUGGACAACCAUCAAAUAAAUCAUUAGAAUUAGUUGUAUUACAUGGUCCACAGAUUAGUUUAAUAUCAUUCAAAGAAGCAACAACUGGUGAAAAUGUUAAUAUUAAAUGUAAUGUCAUUUCAAAUCCUAAACCACAUUCAAUAGUAUGGUAUAAAGAGAAUGAUCCUUUCUAUAAGAAAAAUGGUGCCAUUUUAUCAUUAAAUUCAAUUACACCGAAUGAUGCCGGUAAUUAUAUUUGUUCGGCUACAACUACUAUUAAACCAUCAGGCUCUACAACCGGUAUUGAAAAGACUAACAAUGCAACUGUUCGUAUUCAAAUCAAACAUAAACCAGGAAAAGCUGAAAUCUAUCCAACCAAUCCGGUUGCUGUGGCUGGUAAAUCUUUUACAUUAAGUUGUGGUGCUAGUCCACCCGGUUAUCCAAUUCCUGAAUAUCGUUGGUGGAAAGAAGGCCAAGAACAACAAGAACUUGGUAGUCGUCCAAAUUAUACAUUUAUUGCUGUACAUGUAAGCCAUGAAGGUCGAUAUUUUUGUCAGCCAUUCAAUUCAAUUGGUAAAGGUAUUAUCGGUUCAGUCUAUUUAUCGGUGAAUGAACCGGCACAGAUGACAAUUUCAAUGAAACCACAAUUUAUUGUAAAAGAAGGUGCUACAAAUUUUAAAUUAACCUGUAUUGGUCGUGGUAAACCUCGACCAAAUGUUAUAUGGACACAUAAUGAUGUUGAACUUAAUCCGGAUCAUAGUGAAUUUCGUAUUGAAAAUAAAGAACAAAAUGAAGAUGCUGAUGUAAAAACUGUACAGACAACAUUACAUUUUGAAGCAAUGGCCAGAAAAGGAGCUAAUACAUUAACAGCUAAUGAUCGUGGUAUUUAUGCUUGUCAUUUUAACAAUGGUAUUGGUGAACCAGUUAAAUCUGAAACAGUAUUACGUGUUGAACAUACACCUGUAUUACGUCAUACAUAUAAUCGUGUUGCAUUUGAUGUUGGUGAAAUGGCUGUACUUCAAUGUAAAAUGUCUGCUUAUCCUGCACCAAAAUUUGAAUGGUUUUUUAGUGGAAAAAUGUUGGAUAAUUAUUUUAAUGAACGUUAUCAAACAAAUAGUACAGAAUUACCGGAUGAUAUUCAUAUUGGAUCAUUAUCGAUUCGUAAUACAAAAGAAUCUGAUUAUGGUGAUUAUACAUGUCGAGCUUAUAAUUCGGUUGGUGAUGAUGAUGAACGUACAAUUAUUAAAUUGGUUAAAAAAUCAGCACCCGAAACACCGGUUCAAUUGGAAAUUUUAGAAGUUGUAGCCGAUUCUAUUACACUAAGAUGGUUAGAAGGUUUUAAUGGUGGAUUUGCAAACACAGAAUUUGUUGUUAAUUAUAAUGAUGGUGAACGAAGUAGAAAUGAAUCAUGUAGAUCAUUGAAUCCAUGUAAAAUUACAUCACUUGAAUCACGUCAUGAAUAUCAAUUUCGUGUAUUGGCUGUUAAUCCACGUGGUUAUAGCCAAUAUUCGGAUCCAUUAAAAGUAGUUACUAAAGUCAAUUUGAAAGAUAUGCCAAGUGCUUAUGAUUCUUCAUAUGAUCGUGAACGUAAUAUAUUAGUAUUUCGUGUUGAUCCGAAUGAUGUUGGAUUACGAUUGGUUGCAAAAAUUGAAGUUAGAAGUAAAAAUAAAGAACAAUGGACAUCAUUGACCAAAGUACAAGUAUUGUCGGAUUUAGAAAAUGUUUAUCUUAAAUCAACAUCAGAUCCAAUAACCGAUAUUCGUGUAAUACUUUGUUUACAAAGUAAUGAAUCAUGGUGUGGUUAUGAACAUUUGGUUAAAAUGGAUUCAUCGUUUACACGUGAAACAAAAACAUCAUCAACUGAUCAUUUAUUCGGUGUUAUUAUUAUAUCAACAAUAUGUGCGGUCGUUGCUUUUUUUAUUAUAUUAUGUUGUUGUUGGAAGAAACGAGAAAAAUCCGAAAAAAAAGAUUUCGAAUCCGAUACAUCAACUGAACGACCAUCAACCAAACAAAUGGCACAAAAUUUUUUCAGUUCACAUGAUAAUAAAGCAGGUCUUAUGUCCGAUAUGGAUAAUGCAAAUCUAAGCAAAUUAUCAUCAGGAAUAUAUGGUUCAUCAUAUAAUAAUCAUCAUCCACAUCUUAAUCAUCAUCAACAUCAACAUCAACAUCAACAAUCACAAAAUUAUUAUCUUACAGGUGAUGGACCGAAUAGUGAUCCAAGUCCAAAUGGUAGUAAUGAAACUGGACAAACAGAAUUUUGGAAUUCAAUGAAAUCAAAUAUGUUACAUGAAACAGUUACCGAUUCAGAUAUGAUGAAUAAUUAUAAUAAUAAUAAUAUGAUGAAUAAUCAUCAUCAUCAUCAUCAAUUAAUUGAUCCAGCAACUGCAUAUAUUAAUUCAUAUUCAUCAUAUUAUCAAUCACCUGGUGGUUAUCAACAAAUGGAUGAUAUUGAUGGUAGAAUUGGUCAUAAUAAAAUGAAUAUACCAACUUAUUAUGAUGAAAUGAAUAUACAACAAGCAAAUAUUGGACAAACACCAUAUGGUGGUGGUUCAAUGAUAAUGGAUACAAUGUCCGCACAUGAUAAUAUUCUUAAUGUUGGCCAUAAUAAUAAUCAUCUAAAUUCUGGUGUUAAUGGUACAGAUAGUGGUGGUGGUGUUGGUGUUAAUGGUGGUCAUUUAUCCUAUGAUGAUGAAAUGGAUUAUUCAUCACAAAGGUCUCGAGUCAUGAAUGAAAUUAUUGUUUAAAAUAUACCAAAAUUCCUCUCUCCCCCCCAAAAAAAAAAAUUUUUCGCCGCUUAUCAGACAUACUAACACAAAUUCGAAUGACAAAACAAGACAUCAUCAUCAUUAUUGCUCAAGAUAACAAAAUGACCAUAAAAUCUUCAUUUUUUUCA